UCGUGUCUGUCUUAUUUUCUGUCAAAUUCAACACUAACUAAAUUACAGACACACAGAUUACAAUUAGGGUUUUUGUUUCUCUGCCCAAGUUUUUUGUUUGUAAAAUUUAUCGUUCUCCAAUUAAUUUCCCAUGAUCCGAGCUCUCCUGCAUCCCAAUAACGACCCCGGGUUGAAAUUCUGAGAAAUUCAAGGCUAUAGAAUCCCGGCCAUUGAUGGGUGUUUCGUUUAAGGUUUCCAAGACCGGUACUAGGUUCCGUCCGAAGCCGCCUCUGCAGUCCGAGGCCGACGGUGGCGGCGAUGACGUGUCCGAGUACUCCCAAUAACAGCAGCUCCCGAGCUGUCCCAGAAAGCUCGAGGGUGAGAGUGGGGCCGGGGUUUCUGGUCCAUCAAUGUCUUCUGAAGAGUUUCUUGUAUCUGCAGAAAACGAAGUUUCUUUCACUUUGAAUCUCUUCCCAGAUGGAUAUUCUUUUGGAAAACCAUUAGAGAAUGACACUGCGCAUCAAGCUACACAUCAAGAUGUUCCAAAGUUGUUACACCCAUAUGAUAGGACGUCAGAAACUCUUUUUUCGGCAAUUGAAUCUGGCCGGUUGCCUGGAGAUAUUCUAGAUGAUAUACCUUGCAAGUAUGUCGAUGGAACACUUGUGUGUGAGAUUCGUGAUUAUCGCAAAUGUGCUUUUGAACAAGGGUCCGGUAGUCCCCCUAACCAUGGAUCCGUUAUUGUAAAUAAAGUACGCCUUAAAAUGUCAUUGGAAAAUGUAGUGAAGGAUAUCCCGCUGAUCUCAGAUAAUUCUUGGGCUUAUGGUGACCUGAUGGAAAUGGAGUCCCGAAUAUUGAAAGCUUUGCAGCCACAACUUUAUUUAGAUCCAACUCCCAAGUUGGACAGGCUCUGUAAGAAUCCAGUUCCCACAAAGCUCAAUUUGGCAUUGACUGGUAUCCGGAGAAAGAGGUUGAGACAAAUGUCAGAAGUUACUGUCGCAUCUAAUAGCAAGGCACAUGGGAAGAAAGUUUGCAUUGAUGGAGUUCCAGAAAGCUCUAACUGUAGGUUGGGAGAUUCUGGAACCCUUCCAGGCAAUAUGAUGCCACAGCAUGCCCAUGAAAAUUUGACCGUUCAAAAUAUGAGUACAAAUAACUUGUUGGCCCUAAGGUCCAAGAGUUUUAUGACUGAUGCUUCUGUUCCAGCACCACAUUUAGUACCCAACCAAUCGAGGUAUCAAAUGGGGGUUGGGACCCCAAGAAGCGUGCAGGACCCUGGAUCAGGAAGUGUUGUCAAUGCAUCACCUUCCCCUGGUGGGCAAGACAUGAUGAUCUCAUAUACUGACAAUGUGAGCGGUAAUGUCCCUCUUCAUGGAAAGAGAGAGCAUCUGGAUGGACAAAUGUCACCCUUAUCUACUUUUAACAAGAGACAAAGGCCCACACCAGUUGGCCUCGAUGGAAUGCAACAUCAGCAAAUAGGGCCACAUAUGGAUAGCUUCCAUGGAUCAGAUAUGAACUGGAAGAAUAACUAUUUGCAGCAGCAAGCAAUGGCCAAAGGAAUUCAGUUUUCAAAUACAGGCAUUCAGAAGUUUUCCCAGCAGAUGUUUGAGGGGGCAAUGAGUCAGGACCCUGGGACAAUGCCAUUUGCUGUAGGACAGCCAAACAUGAGAUUUGGUGCCAAGGAAGAGCCGUUUGAGACAGGUAAGAUAGACGGGUUAGAGCUCAGUGGGAUUAAGAACGAUAUGCAGAUAAUGGAAGGAGACACAAGCCAUCUCGAUCCGUCGAGGCUUCACCAAAGAUUACCACAGCAUGCAUUCAUGAGAUCUAAUUUUUCUCAGCCAUCCUGGAGUAAUCUUGGUCAGAAUAUGGAGAAAGAUGCAAGAAAGGAUGACCAAUUCCCAAAAAGAAAAUCAUCUCAAAGUCCUCGGUUAUCUUCUGGGGCUUUGGUUCAAUCCCCAUUAUCAUCAAAGUCGGGGGAGUUUUCUACUGGUUCCCUAGGACCCCACUUUGGAGCAGCUGCAGUAACUUCUGCUGUAGGGGCAUCACAGAAAGAGAAGGCAUUAAUGACCUCAGUUCCUACUAUUGGAGCCUCAUGUUUGACUUCCAGUGCUAAUGAGUCUAUGCAACGGCAACACCAGUCUCAAGCUGCUGCUAAACGGAAAACAAAUUCGCUCCCUAAGACCUCAGCAAUGACUGGCGUUGGAUCUCCUGCCAGCGUUAGUAAUAUAAGUGUUCCACUAAAUGCAGGCAGUCCUUCUGUUGGAACUCCAUCUUCCGCUGAUCAAACCAUGCUUGAAAAAUUCUCAAAAAUUGAAGCGGUGACCAUGAGGUAUCAUCUCAACAAAAGAAAGAAUAAGGUUGAUGACCACCCCGUCAAGAAGCCAAAUGCAUUCCCAGAUCAACAUCUGCGAGCCUGCCUCUCAAAUGGUUCCAAUAAUGAGGAUUUCAAAGAUGAUUCAUGUGAGAGGCCUUUGUCGAAGUCGCUUGUUGGUGGAAGCAUGAAUAUCUGCAAAAUUAGAAUUUUGAAUUUUGUGAAGGAAGAGCAUAUUGUUCAAGGAAAUGUUGUUUAUCUUCCCAAGCAGCGAACUAGGUUGAUCAUGUCAGAGAGACCAAAGGAUGGUACUGUAGCAAUUUGCUAUGGCGAAGUAGAUGAUGGUGAUUUUCUGUCUGCUGAGGAACAUCUUCCUACAUUGCCCAAUACUCACACAGCGGAUUUGCUUGCAGCACAGUUCUGUUCACUGAUGGUAAAGGAUGGUUAUGAUUCGGAGGAUCACAUCCAACCAAAGCCAACCCGCAUGACUAUUUCCCCAAGCAUUCAACCAAAUGCUUCUGGGCUCCCCCAUAGCAACUCAGCAGCUGAGAUGCAACAAUAUGCAGAUUCAGUUUCAGGCCAGCCGUCCAAUGAGGUUGCAAAGUCAAUUAGUGGCGGUAAUUCAUCCUUAACUUCAUCCCAGAAUCUUCUACCAAGCACAAGGAUGCUGCCCCCUGGAAACCCUCAGGCCUUACAGAUGUCUCAAGGGCUCAUGGCAGUGAAUUCAAUGCCUCAACGCCAACAACCGAUCGAGUCACAACCAUCCCUCCAGCAGCAGCAGCAGCAACAACACCAGCAGCACCAACAACUACAGCAGCAGCAGCAACAGCAACACCAACCACCACCACAGCAGCAGCAAAGCCAACACUCGUUGAUUCAACAACAGAAUCCCCAGCUCCAGAGACCAAUGAUGCUAGCAGCAAAUUCGCUUUCCAACAUGCAGUUACCCAUGACGAAUAAUAAGCUUACCAACUUGCAAUAUCACCUAUUACAGCAACAGCAGCAGCAGCAGCAGCAGCAGCAGCAACAGGGUCCGCUGAUGCAGAGAAAAAUGAUGAUGGGACUUGGAACAGCUAUGCGAAGCUUAGGCAAUAACAUGGUUGGGCUUUCUGGUGUUGGAAACACAGUGGGCAUGGGAGCUGCAAGGGGAAUGGGAUCUGCGCCCAUGACGCCUAUUUCUGGAAUGGGCAAUGUGGGUCAGAAUCCAAUGAAUUUAACCCAGGGUUCAAAUAUUAGCAAUUUAACCCAGCAAUUUCAAACUGGAAGAUUAACACAAGCUCUCAUGGCAUCAAAAUUUAGGAUGCAACCGAACCGAGGCGGCAUGUCAGGCAGUCCUCAGUCGGGCACAGCUGGGCUGCCAGGAGGCAGACAGAUGCAUCCUGGAUCUGCUGCUUUCGCAAUGUUGGGUCAGACUCUGAAUCAAGGUAAUAUGAGUGCAAUGCAACACAGGCCAGGAAUGGGGCCUAUGGGUCCACCGAAGCUGACGGCGGGGAUGGCAGGGACGAAUAUGUACAUGAACCCACAGCAGCAGCAACAAUUUCAGCAACAACAAAUGCAGCAGCAGUUGCAGCAACAACAAUUGCAGCAGCAGCAGCAGCAAUUGCAAAAGCAGCAGCAAGAAACGACUUCACCACUACAGGCUGUUGUUUCACCACAGCAGGUGGGCUCUCCCUCGGGAAUUUCACAACUGACCCACCAAAGCCAGCAGCAACAGCAGCAGCAGGAGGCUAGCCCACAGCAAAUGAGCCAAAGAACUCCGAUGAGUCCACAGCUAAGCUCAGGGGCAAUGCAUGCCAUGAGUGCUGGUAAUCCAGAGGCUUGUCCUGCAAGCCCACAGCUAAGCUCUCAAACGCACGGCUCAGUCGGUAGUAUGGCAAAUUCUCCCAUGGACCUUCAAGGUAUGAACAAGAGUAACUCCGUUGGUAACCCGUAGCAAAAAUAUCAGAUCUUUGGGGAUGUUCUGGGGAGGAAAUAGUUCAGCCUCCCCUGUUGGAAGCCUUCCCUUCAAAUCCCACAGUUAAGUCUGGCAUGUAGAAUUAUUAGUCAUUUUAACACAGUAGCAUUUACAUAAAUUUUAGCAGAAGUAUUAGCUUAGACUUAGUACAUGAUAUCACCUUUUUUCCGGGGUAAAAAGGUGAAUAUAUAUCUCCUGGAGUGCAAUGAUUUAUGCUAGAAGGGGCUGAGAAAUGUGAUCCAUCCUAUGUGCUGUAACGUGUAAAUUCUUGGGGAAUGGUUAAUGUUUAUAAGUGAAGAUUGAUUGUGAAAGUAUUUGCAAUUUUCUGAUUC